CGUUGUGGCAAAAGUCGAAAAUCCAGUCACACUUGAGGCGUUGCCCUAGCCGCUUUCGUUUUCCUCAGUCGUCGCCAAUUGUCGCGCGCAUAAAGUGAAUAACUAAUGAAUUAAAUGUGUAUAAUUUGUGAGUGUGAGUGCGAGCACGAGCAAACAUGUUCUCUUAUCAAAUUCUGCUCGUCAUUAUGACCACACUUGUGGCCACAGACAGAGCUCAGAUCGUUCCACUCUCGAGCUAUUGCCAUGAUGUGGACGAUGCUUGCACCUGUGAACCGCAAUCGAAUCUUGUGCGCGUCCAUUGUCCAUAUGAGUACGCGAUGAUUAUGGAAAUAUCAAACGAUGGCGUCAAUAUCGCAAUGAGUUACUAUUCCAACAACAGUGUUACUUGGUUGCCGCGUUUCGAUAUCGAUCAGGUGUCUCUAUUCGAGUUUGAUGCCUAUAACUAUUGGUCCGAGACAUUCUUUCGUGAUUUACUCAGCUCUCUGGGCGUGCAGGAAGUGCUCAGUGUGCAGUUUCGAGAUCGCAGUAUGGAAACCGAAGUUAAUCGCCAGGAUAAAUAUGAUAGCUUCGAUGAGUUCUUGGCUGCCAACAUUACCAACACUUGGUACUUUAGUCCUGUGCCUGCCUUGGAGUAUUUCAAAUUCGAAAGCACGCAACAGGUGCUGCCAGUGACAAUAUUUCAAGCUUUUAACAAUCUGACAACCCUCGAGCUCCGUUUGGCUGUGCGCGAUUUACCGACGGGUCUUUUCUCCUCGAUUUCGCAUAGCCUGCAAACGUUGUCGAUUGUAAAUCCGCACAUGUUUCACUUUCGACCCGAAAUGCUUUGGGAGUUGCAGCAGUUGCGCAAUCUCAGUUUGAUGUUAUCACCAACACCGGCGAAUAAAUCCGAUCAGCUGAGGAAUCAUAUAUUCACCUCAAUGCUGAAGCUGGAGGAGUUGCGACUUUCGCGUGCCAACAAUCAUGUGGAUGCCCAGAUGUUUAGGGGUAGCUACAGAUUGCGAUUCAUACAUAUCAAUAAGAACAAUCAGCUGACGGAACUGCCCAGCGAACUCUUUGUGGAUCAGGGUAAUCUUACGUUCUUGGAUCUUUCCUGUAACUCGUUGUCCAAGCUGCCUGUGGAUCUAUUCGAAAGCCAGGGCAAACUCAAGUUUCUAGAUCUGUCCUCCAACAGACUGGCCAGCAUAUCAAGCGAAUUGUUCGGGCCUCUGAAGUCGCUCAAGAAACUAUCGAUCAAUCAAAACUCGCUGACGGCGCUGGAUCCAACGACCUUUGCUGAAGUGAGGAGCCUCAACUUCAUCGAUAUGCGGGGCACACAGUUUUAUGGCGUCAAGCUGGACAUGCCCUUUGAGGCACUGGUAUGCACUAACGAUGACAUCUGUCAGUACAAGUCGGACCACUGGGAGUGCGAUCCCCACUGCAUCUGCUGGGUGCAGCACCGAUCGUUGGAGCUGGUCAUGGACUGUCGUGGUGCUGCUUUGGGUAGCUUGCCGCCUUUGCCGCACACCAGAUUGGUGACCACGGUGCUCAAGUUGAAGAACAAUAGCAUCAGCGAACUGCCAGAAUCUGGUGAAGUGAUUGGAUAUGCAAAUGUCAGUCAGUUGAAUCUGUCAGACAAUGAGCUGAGCAGCUUGGAUGCAGUGCGUCAACUGCCCGCCAACCUCACUCAACUGGAUGUGCGUCGGAAUUUGAUCAGCGUCUUGGAUCAGACUUUUAUAGAAUAUAUGCUACAAGAGAAUAAUACUAUGAACAUGUUUUUGGCCGGCAAUCCUUUGAUCUGCGAUUGCAAUGCGUUGCCUCUGCUGGGAUUUGUUCGAGCUCAGCCACAGCGUGUUUCAGACAUUGGGGAAAUCUACUGUCCCGGGUUUCCGGAUAGACCCUUUCAACAACUGGAGGUUUGGGAAUUGUGUCCCUCGUAUGUGCUGCUCAUCGGCUGUAUUCUCGGUGGCCUCGUCAUUGUGGCAUGCCUAAUCAGCGUGUUCUAUUUGAUUUAUCAGCAGGAGCUGAAGAUUUGGCUCUACAAUCACAAUUGCUGUCUGUGGUGGGUGUCCGAGGAGGAGCUGGACAAGGACAAGACCUACGAUGCCUUCAUUUCCUACUCACACAAGGAUGAGCAGAUCAUUGGCGAGCUGUUGCCCAAACUGGAGAAUGGUCUCCACGCCUUUCGUGUCUGUCUCCAUGGACGCGAUUGGCUUGUGGGCGAUUGCAUUCCCGAGCAGAUUGUGCGUACCGUCAAUGACUCGAAGCGGGUGAUCAUUGUGCUCUCGCAGCACUUUAUCGACUCGGUCUGGGCUCGCAUGGAGUUCCGCAUUGCGUACCAGGCGACGCUGCAGGAUAAGCGCAAGCGCAUCAUCAUUAUCCUGUACAAGGAGCUGCAGCACUUUGAUGGCAUUGACAGCGAGCUGCGUGCCUAUCUCAAGCUCAACACCUAUCUCAAGUGGGGUGAUCCACUGUUCUGGAACAAGUUGCACUAUGCCAUGCCCCACAAUCGGCGAGUGCUCAAAGGGCAGAAGAAGCAUGCGGGUCCUCUCAUCUGAUUUCGAUUAUAGACGUAGUUUCUAGGUUAACCAUAAUGGGGGUGCGGGGGUCUUAUGUGGACUAGAAUUGAUAUUGUUUCGAUUUAAAAAUAUGGUUCACGUCAUUCUUUAUGAUUAACUAAUCUUAACUUUAUUUAUGAUAAGGAAUAAGUAAGAGAUUUUUUCUAUAAAUGCCUUUAAGUUAAUAUACACGAUGUUUUCUUUUUUAAUGUUAUCUCUAACUAAAUUCUAAGAUAUAAAAUUAAACUACAUACUAAUGUGGUUAGUGCAAUAUUGUAAUUUACGCUUACCAAA